AUUCGUUCAAACCCUUUGUUCCAAACUCUCGCCCUCAGCUGGAUCAUCGGAAUCCUUAUUCCUCCGGAACUCGAUGCACAUUCUGAUAUAGCCUCGAAACCAUGGACGGUGAUCCAGCGGUCGAGUCUGAGCUGGACUCUUUCAGCUUGACUUUUCCUUUACCAUACCGCGUGGCAUUUAUUGUCGUUCUAGCGGUCUGGGGUUGGGGCAUCAACCUGCACUGCCUGUACCUUCUCAAGAUCGACGUGCCCUCGUUGAUUCGAUACCCCGGCCGGCCUUCACCGCACCAUCCGCCGCAUCACUUCUCCGUAUACCGACUUGCCAGCGUCCUCUCGUGUAUUUUCGGCUUCUCCCUCUUUAUCUUCUGGAUCUUCACCCAACGCAACCCGCAUCUCGUGCUGGCAUGGGAUUGGCUGCCACUUACAUACCUUCUCGUGUUGCUCGCCUUCCUGGCUCUUCCCCUCCCACGCACGACGGGACUUCCGCAUGCGGGGCGUGCGCGCCUCCGCGCCACUUUGCGCCGGAUAGCCAUUGGUGGUAUCGCAGAGGCGAGGGAUGGAAAGUUCGGCGACAUAUUGCUCGCCGAUGUAUUGACCAGCUACGCCAAGGUGCUUGGUGACCUUUACGUCGCACUAUGCAUGUUUCUUAGGACGAAUGGCUCUGCAACAGCGCGACCUGACCGUGGAUGUGGCGGCACUAUCAUCGUGCCUUUGAUAUUGGCCAUCCCAUCCAUAAUCCGGCUGCGCCAGUGUUUGAUCGAGUAUGGUCGCGUGCGCCGAGGCCCGAUCACGGAGUCAGGGGGAUGGGGUGGUCAGCAUCUCGCUAACGCACUCAAGUAUUCUACGGCAUUCCCUGUGAUCUUGCUCAGCGCGCUCCAGCGCAAUUGGGCGCCUGGGUCGGUGACGAUAUACCGUCUCUGGGUCCUGGCCUGUACCAUCAACAGCUUCUACAGCUUCUACUGGGACGUGACCAAAGAUUGGGAUCUCACUCUAUUAGACGGCGCGCGCGCAAGAAAUAACCCAGAGCACGCCUUCGGACUGCGGCGGAUGCUGCGCCUCGGACCCCCAGGGCUAUACUACGGCGUCAUCGCGCUCGACCUCGUUUUGCGCUGUACGUGGAGUCUUAAGCUCAGUCCGCAUCUCGACCGUGUGGCAGAUUUCGAGAGCUCCAUCUUCAUCGUUGAGCUCCUCGAGGUCAUGCGCCGCUGGAUCUGGAUCUUCUUCCGUGUCGAGACAGAGUGGAUUCGCAACAAUAGCCAGCCUAUCGGCCUCGGCAUAGAAGACAUCAUGCUUAGUGAUUACCAGGGCAAGUACCAGGACGAGGAUUAGAGAUUACCUCGUCCCGUGGUCCGCGGUAUCAAGAUGGUGUGAUGGUGAAUUUUGAUUUUGGCCUAGUUAUUAAACCCAAGGCGUAACGACUAGUGGUUGAUGUUAAUGCAUAUCAUGAGGGUACGCAGGGCUUUUCAAAUGACCAAUACCGGCGUUUGUGAUGCAUUUACUUGGGGCGUUGGCAUAGACGUGAUCCAUCACGGUUUGGGCUUGUUAUCUAAUACCAUGCUGAUUUACCAGUUUCGAAGGCACGUAUUCGAGCACACUGAAGCUUACUUGAGUGUUUCAUGGAUGCUGACUAAGGGCAACCUUUGUUGUCUAACCUAGUAACUGAGUCAAAUCUGUCUAUUGCUCGUCAUGAUAUAGGUAUAGGUACAUGGUAUUGCUUUCGUGAAUGCUUAGAAUUAUGCUUGCCCUUUUCCUAGGAAGCUGCUUGUAGUUUGAUCAUACCAUUUGGUAGCAUACGCUUGCCGAAUCUCAAUAUCAUUGACCCAACUUGGGUGAGCAUGGCUUCA